CAUUCAGCGCCGUCAGGAAAGUAAAGCCCUGCGAGCGGCGCCGGCCGGAAGGGGAGGGGCAUUUGGCUUGGUUUCCUGGCGACGCAGCUCGGCCGACAGUCGCUUCUCUGGCUGUUUCUCUGUAUACCUUCCCGCCGCGUGAGCAGGGCCGUCAUGACUUGGUUGCUCUCAGCAGCUAGGCUGGUUCCCGCCAUACCAGGCGCCCGCUGCCUCUCAGGUUAGACUCACCUCCCACGGUGUCCCUUCCGGGGCUUGCUCUCUGAGAAACCUGAGGCGCCCUCGAGGAAUCCAAAUUGGUCUUGGGGAUCCCUGGUUUGGCGGACCCUUCUCGUGCUGGGGCCUCCGCUCCCAAACCCUUGGUGCGCUCCUCGGAUUUCUUCUUUACCUGCUGCUUCUUGAAACGGGUGGGCCCUAUUCUCCCUCCCGUUGAGGUAUUGUGGGAAGCUGGAAUGACUGCCGAAAGGAAGUGUGUGCCAACCCCCAGCGGGGCUGUCUUCAGAGUUACUCCGACUCCCAGACGUUGGCUCAGUUAUCACUUGCUUAGGUGACAAAGUGUCUCACAUCAAGUAGCUCUUGUUUUUGUUAGGUUAUCGAAAGUCCUGUUUUCGUGUUUUCAAAGAGUUGGCUUGAGAGCUGGCUACAGAAUGUACAAGAAACAUGUUUAGUAAUAAAUCAUUGAGCAGUUCCUCUCGGAAGAGGUACUGCUUGGAGAUACUCCCUGGGCUUUUCAGCGUCUGAAAGCCCUGUUGGUAAAGGCAAGAUGAAGGAGUCCAGGAAUUAUGGGAUCAUUCUUUUAGGGUGUACUCUAUCGUGACCAUUUAAUCUGAUGAACAUAAACCUCUAUCACUGAAAGCUGAAUCAUCUACCCUGCGGGCGGAUCUGCCGUUGGAUCAUAUUUCAGGGGUUUUGGAUGCAGGUCAUGUUCUCGGCGAAGGUACUCCCUCCAGCCCAUCGCAGAGAGGAGAAUUCCAAACCGAUACUUAGGCCAGCCCAGCCCCUUCACACACCCACACCUCCUUAGACCAGUGAAUGAUACCAGUGUGUCUCUCAGUGAGGGCUUCCUUUUGCUGAUUCUUCAUCAGACUGGGAUUCCUGCUGGGAAGUCGGCUGAGACUCAGGAAAUGCAGCUCACCACUGAAACACACAAGAAAUCAGAGUUUUUCAAAGCUGUAAGGAGAGGUGACACCAGGACUAUCCCAAGUGGAAUAUGCACUCCGCAGACACAAACUGAUGUCUCUGAUUCAAAAGGAAACACAAGGGCAGAGUGGGACAGACCAGACGGUAGUUCUGCUGUCCAACCCCACGUACUACAUGAGCAAUGACAUCCCCUAUACUUUCCACCAAGACAACAAUUUCCUGUACCUGUGUGGAUUCCAGGAGCCCGAUAGCAUUCUGGUCCUUCAGAGCCUCCCUGGCAAGCAGUUACCAGCACAUAAGGCCAUGCUUUUUGUACCUCGGAGAGACCCUAGUCGAGAACUUUGGGAUGGCCCACGAUCUGGCACGGACGGAGCAAUAGCUUUAACAGGAGUGGAUGAAGCCUAUCCCCUAGAAGAAUUUCAACAUCUAGGACCGAAAUUGAAAGAUGAGACCCACAUGGUCUGGUACGACUGGAUGAGGCCCUCUCACGCACAGCUUCACUCUGACUACAUGCAGCAUCUGACUGAGGUCAAAGCCAGGAGCAAGAAUAAGGUCCGGGCUGUCCAGCAGCUGGUACAGCGCCUCCGGCUGAUCAAAUCUCCCGCAGAAAUUGAGCGAAUGCAGAUUGCUGGGAAGCUGACAUCACAGGCUUUCAUAGAGACCAUGUUCGCCAGCAAAGCUCCCGUGGAGGAGGGCUUUCUCUAUGCUAAGUUCGAAUUUGAAUGCCGAGCCCGCGGUGCAGAUAUCUUAGCCUACCCACCUGUGGUCGCUGGAGGUAAUCGGUCAAACACUUUGCACUACGUGAAGAAUAAUCAGCUCAUCAAGGAUGGGGAGAUGGUGCUGCUGGAUGGAGGCUGUGAGUCGUCUUGCUACGUGAGUGACAUAACCCGGACCUGGCCUGUCAACGGCAGGUUCACAGCACCUCAGGCAGAACUCUACGAAGCGGUUCUAGAGAUACAGAGAGAUUGUCUGACCCUCUGCUCCCCUGGGACAAGCUUGGAGAACAUCUACAGCUUGAUGCUGACCCUGAUCGCCCAGAAGCUGAAGGAGUUGGGGAUCGUGAAGAACAUUAAGGAAAAUAAUGCCUUCAAGGCUGCUCGAAAAUACUGCCCUCAUCACGUCGGCCAUUACCUGGGGAUGGACGUGCACGACACCCCUGACAUGCCCCGCUCCCUCCCGCUGCGGCCGGGCAUGGUCAUCACCGUGGAGCCAGGCAUUUAUAUUCCAGAGGAUGACAGAGAUGCCCCAGAGAAGUUUCGUGGUCUUGGUGUACGGAUUGAAGAUGACGUGGUGGUGACUCAGGACUCACCGCUCAUCCUUUCUGCAGACUGUCCCAAAGAGAUGAAUGACAUCGAACAGAUAUGCAGCAGGGCCUCUUGACCCCCCUGCGGCCCGCGUGCGGCUCAGGUUCAGAGGGGGUGUUCCUUCGCGUCCGUGCGCAUGUGCCGUGUGUGUGCUCGUUUAUACACAUGCUCCGUUUGGGAGUGUGGCGACUGUAUGAAUGUAUGUAAUUGUGUGUGAUCUUUACUUUGAGUAGCUAGAAAUCUGGAAAAUUGAAUUUUUGAGCUGGAUGUAAGUGCAACGUUAGUAACAUUAAUUCUGUACAGUUAAUGACCAAGGCAGGUUGAAUUUUUAAAUGUUAAGAAAGAUUGUGGUUCCAUAUCUCCGUGCAUUCCAGCUAACACAAAUAUACAGAAGCAGGUCUUUCCCUUUCUGCACUUUGGCUGAGGUCUGCCUAAUGUCAUAAGAUGUUUAUGAUGCUUGUAUUUUGAGCUAACCGCCAGUGUCUCUGUGUGUAGCGCAAGCCGCCUGUCAGUGGUUGUGGGCGGCCGGCACGUGUCUUCCGUAACUCCUGUCCAUUUCCCCCCGAUCCUACGCAUCUGCUGGAGCCAUGUGAGCCCUUGGACGCGCUGGUGUCCUGCAGCCCCCCUAUUCAGCUCCAAUCCAGAUUCUAGCAACACUACCUAUUAGAACAGUUUUAAGUUUUUCUUGCUGUUAGGUUGCCUGUGGCCUAGAAUUUAGACUCUUGACAAGGGAAGAGAUGGAAGAGAAAGAAAAACAUAUGUGUGUCUUCUGCAGAUCUAGACCUCUGUCCAUCUGUUCUCAGUCUGAAGAUGAUUCCUUUCCCAGGCAUCCAGGCUUUCUUGAUAGAUUCUUAGUGCCCUGAGCCUUCGGGCACGCCCUGGAAGCUGCCACCCUCCUCACCCUCUUGAAGUCAGAGGAAUGGCCCCCAGGGUUCAGAGAUACUCCUGCUGUCUUUCUGUAGUUUCCUGUAGUGCAAAAUACAGAACUCACCAAGUACCUGUAAGCAUCCUGUGAUCCUUUUAUUUGUCUAGUAUUAGCCCUGGAAGGGUAGAAGGAAGGGGUCGUGUUCCCCUCAACACGCCAUUGGCUGCGGUCAUGUAAGAACUCCGUUUGCAGAGUGAAUAGGGCUAGAUUGUCGCAGGUGGCUUCUCUGGGAGCUUCUGUCCCAGAACUCCUGUGUUCACCUCCUUUAAGCCUGGAUAUGGCCCGAGAUGUACAGAACCUGCUGGUCGUUAUAGCAUAAAGUUGAGGGACUUUGGGAAAGAGACAGGCGAGGGAAUAAACACUCCGUGCAGUGCUAGAGGUUCGCUCGGCCCGCAGGGCCAAAGCAGACGACAGCAGCAGCAGCAGGGGACAAAGAUGGUGUUCUGAGUCAGUGAUGCACACGGCGUCCUGCCAGGCUCGCCCUCGGAUGCGUGGCUCUGCGGAGCAGCUGCGGGGAUGGACGGCCGCGGAGCCAGAGGCGUGGGGUGGAAGGUAAAUCCACAGCUUCUCACCCUCUGGCCUCCUGCGGCCCCAACCACCCUUUCCUUGGAUUUCCUUUGUUCACUUACAAUCCUGGCGUAAGGGACUGCCUCUUCUUGCCAUAAGUCCUUUCCAGUGGCCUUCGGCUUUCUAGGUGAAAGCCCAGGUGGUUUUGUGUGCAGCAUCAUACCUGGACCUGAAACCGACUUCUGGGCAGAACCUAGUCAAGUUGUGCGGCUGUCCUGAGCCACGAUGCCUGUUGCAGAAUUCGGGUGACUUUCGGUCCCUGACCCAAGCAUGUUGCCCUUCAAGUCCCAGAUUAACGACAGUGGCUACGCAUUGGAUCAGACCGUCAGCACCGUGAAGGGACGGCCUGGAUGCUGGGCCGCCCGGUUCGGGACUUGCCGAGCCGAGAGCGGUGCGCGGAGCGGGCUCUCGUGCCAGCUUGGCCGCACCCCGGGCACGCGCCGCACCCCUCCGUGGCGAGGGGCCGUAAACACCUCGCGUGCCCACCAGCGGCCCCUACUGCAAGCCUUCGUCUUCAGGAGCCCUUCCCCUGCUACGCUCGGGUUUUCCUCCCUCGGCUGAAGAGGGCCGGUCGGGCCGCGAAUGCCGCACGCCGCGCGGAUGGAGGACGCUGCCCGGGCGCCUCUGCCGCACGCCUGGGUGCUUGUCUCGGGGGUCGCCGCGUUUCUUCGCCCUCAGCACGCCGUGCCAUGUGAGACACAGCACGGGAGCUCUGGAGUCGAAGCCGCCCUCUCCCCGCAGCCCCAACAUUCACAGUAGGAAGGCACCCCUCGUGGGGUGACCUCAGGUUCUCUUUGCGUCUGCUUCUAAACCGUGGUUAUUUUGUCACUAGUCUUUGUAACAAGGUCAGAAAGGGAAAAACCUCCUACCUUAGACAUUAUAUCUUAAUUUGAGAUAAAGACUCAUAAAAUAAGAAAACCCCAGAUGAAGGCGGUGGAACUCAUUAAAAUAGGGAAAUUGAGCUGCUUAGAUAACCAACACCCUCCUUGAGCCUUCCUGACAGUACAGAGGUGACGGAUCUGAUGCAGGAGCGCUGGCGCCCCUUGCCCCGCGUCUGUGUCGGAGGUCACAGGCAAGGCCCGCGAUGGCCAGCUGGGGCCUGGGUCCUUUGGAACACUGGGUUUCCAGUAACUGCUACCAAUAAAACAAAGCUGGGAUCUGAGUCAGACCCCGUUGGCCACCCCUCAGCUGGCAUAUGAUCAGUGAUACUGUAGCUCGUGUGUGUGCGUGCGUGCGUGCGUGUGUGUGUGUGUGAGAGAGUGUGAGAGAGAGAGAGACACUAACUGAGGGCCCAGGCCGGUGGCAGCGUAAAGGACCCUGCUUGGAAGAGGGUUUUAUGCUGUUAAUUUUUUUUUGUUAAUUUUAAUUUUAGUUUCCUGAGGUGGGAUCUGUCCCCUAAAACUUAAGCUGAUAGGGUUACAUAUCAGGCCUGGGAAAAUAUGCCUCAAGCCGAAGUGUUUAACGUUUGUAAUAUGAUGAGAAGGUGAACGCAUCAUUAGUGCCAACGUUCAAUGAGAGCAGAAUCCCAUUGUCCCAAAGCACUGUUUGUAACUCUGCCCGAGCGUCACCAAGGAACUUGGGGUGAACAUCAGUGUUGCUCAGAUCAGGGGUUCCCACUGGCAUCAGGGCCUUUCAGGGGUGCCCAGUGAGGAUCUGAGUGAGCGGCGAUCUUUGUUAGCAUUUCUUAAUGCUUUGUAUGACUUUUGUGCAAUUAUACAAGUUCAGCUUGAACAGAAUGCUGUUACUUUUUAAGGCUCUGUCCACUGAAAAUAAGUAUGUCAUUUCCCAACAAGAGAAGAGCAUUUAUUACUAUCAUUUUAAAAAUAAAUUAUAAAACAGCAUAACAA